GUUGUGCGGAGAGGGAUUUACGAUUGGUCCAGACAACAGAUUUUUGGGGCAGGCGUGGACCGAAGGAAGGUGAAAUUACUUAAACGAUCUCACGAGAAAAAAUGAGAUUUUACUGAUUAUUGUUUACAUUGCAAAAACAUGAGAACAGAACCGAACUGAUCCGGAUUCAGCUGAAACGCAUUCGAGUCGGAUUGUUUGUUUUUAUUUUUUUAUUUCCAUCUCUUCUCUGCAGCUAGGAAGGGAACUGCAACCUAACUUCGUUUAAUCGAGUUGUAAAACAGGGCGCUAAAUUCAUCACAGCUCCGGAGGAUAUAAAUAAAGGGGGUAACUAACGUUAGCUGAAAGACAUUUAUACCUGCUGAAAAACGCAGAUUCUCUUGGGUCGCCAUUGUGUGGAGCGAGACACCACAGCAAGCCAUUGCAUGGUCCUCGGAAAGAAGAGGGAUGUGACGGGGAUCCCCGUCUAACCAGUACGGAAAGGCGGGUUAGGGAGACCCAGAGAGAGUGGCCGAGGCCUCCGACGGAAUCGUCCGCCAUCUACCUGAAGGCGUUUGUACUGGUCUUGGUCGUUAACAGUGAGCACGCGAGGGACGAGGCUGUGGAUGCGGCCUAAACCUGGGAGGGUCUGCCGAACACCGGGGAAAUAACAACGGAGACGGUUUCAGGAUUAAUAACCCCGGAGGACCGAGAAAAUCUGAAACUACACCAUGAUGGAAGAACUGCACAGCCUGGACCCCCGACGGCAAGAACUGCUGGAGGCUCGCUUUACAGGGGUCGGUGUGGCUAAGGGCUCAGGUCAAAGUCAGAAUGAGUCAUCCAAUCAAAGCCUGUGCAGUGUGGGCUCUCUCAGUGACAAAGAGCUAGAGACUCCAGAGAAAAAGGCUAAUGACCAGAGGGUGAGAAAACGCAAAGCAGACCACUUUGAGAGCAACCAAGGCAAAACGGGAGCGAGGGGACUUAAAAUUAGUGAUUAUUUUGAGUUUGCGGGAGGUAGCGGUCCUGGUACCAGCCCUGCCAGGGGAAUUCCACCAGUGGUCCGCUCUUCCCCACAACACUCUCUGUCCAAUCCUCCUGUCACGGUGCAGCAAGGAAGUCCCUCUUCCCUCAGCUCGGCCAACACGGACCACUCGUCGUGUUCAGUGAAGCCAGCCUCUCUUCACUUGCUCCAUAAAGCCACACAGUCUGACCUUACUAUUGAGAAACUAACAGCAAUGGAGAACAACAAGAACUCUGACCUGGAGAAGAAGGAAGGCCGGAUAGACGAUCUGCUGCGGGCAAAUUGUGACCUCAGAAGACAAAUCGAUGAGCAGCAGAGGAUGUUGGAACGAUACAAAGAACGGUUAAAUAAGUGUGUCACCAUGUCCAAGAAGCUGCUGAUUGAAAAAUCUAAACAGGAAAAGAUGGCGUGCCGGGAUAAAAGUAUGCAGGAUCGACUUCGACUGGGCCACUUUACCACCGUGAGACACGGAGCGUCUUUCACCGAGCAGUGGACGGAUGGAUAUGCCUUCCAAAACCUCAUCAAACAACAAGAGAGAAUCAACUCUCAGCGAGAGGACAUCGAGAGGCAGAGGAAGCUUCUGGCCAAGCGUAAGCCACCUUCUAUGGCCCAGGCCCCUCCACCGAGCCUGGAGCAGAACAAACGCAAAAGCAAGACCAACGGAACAGAGAGCGAAACGUAUGAUGCUACGCUUUUCUUCCUAAGUACCUACAGUUGUUUUCCUUCAUGUUUUGGAUUUGGACUGAGAUUGCUUCUGUUUUCUUCCAGACUAUCACAGGCAGAGUACCACGAGCAGGAGGAGAUAUUCAAGCUCAGAUUAGGAUAUCUUAAAAAGGAAGAGGCGGAGAUCCAAGCAGAACUGGAGAGAUUGGAACGAGUCCGGAACCUUCACAUACGCGAGCUGAAACGGAUUCACAAUGAAGAUAAUUCCCAAUUCAAAGAUCACCCUACGCUAAACGACAGAUACCUGCUUCUCCAUCUUCUGGGGCGGGGGGGCUUCAGUGAAGUUUACAAGGCCUUUGACUUAACGGAGCAGAGGUACGUCGCCGUUAAAAUCCACCAGUUAAACAAGAACUGGAGGGAUGAGAAAAAGGAAAAUUAUCACAAACAUGCGUGCAGAGAAUAUAGAAUCCAUAAAGAGCUGGACCACCCUCGAAUAGUUAAACUUUACGACUACUUUUCACUAGACACUGACUCCUUCUGCACAGUUCUGGAGUACUGUGAGGGCAACGAUCUGGACUUCUACCUGAAGCAACACAAGUUGAUGUCUGAGAAGGAGGGCCGCUCCAUUAUCAUGCAGAUCGUUAAUGCCCUCAAGUACCUCAAUGAGAUCAGACCGCCCAUUAUCCAUUACGACCUUAAACCAGGUAACAUCCUGCUGGUGAACGGCACGGCCUGCGGGGAGAUAAAGAUCACAGACUUUGGCCUGUCUAAGAUCAUGGAUGACGACAGCUACAACUCAGUAGACGGGAUGGAGCUGACCUCCCAGGGAGCAGGGACCUACUGGUACCUUCCCCCUGAGUGCUUUGUUGUUGGCAAAGAGCCACCAAAAAUCUCCAAUAAGGUGGACGUUUGGUCUGUGGGAGUCAUUUUCUACCAGUGUUUGUAUGGCCGCAAGCCAUUUGGCCAUAAUCAGUCUCAGCAGGACAUCCUGCAGGAGAACACAAUUCUGAAGGCCACAGAAGUUCAGUUUCCUCCUAAACCCGUCGUUUCACCUGAAGCUAAGGCCUUUAUAAGGCGCUGUCUAGUCUACCGUAAGGAGGACCGCAUCGAUGUGCACCAGCUGGCCAGUGACCCCUUCCUAAUGCCCCACAUCCGCAAGUCAGUGGCUUCCUCGGGCACCUCUGGCAUGGCCGUGGCCUCAACAUCCAGCUCCAACAACAGCGCCUCAAACUGAGCUCACACCUCUUUAAUGCCUGACUCGAUCAUUUAAAGGGGUGGGGGGCACGCGAUACUGUCUCCCCUGUCCUAACAGCGUCCCACCUUGCCAUGAAGAGCCCAAGAGAAACUGGUCAGAUGGCAGCAGGGGCUGGGGGAUAAGUCACCGAAGCACUGGGAAGGAGGCGGUUCUACUCCAGUCCUCUGAUGUCUGCCCAACCCAGAACCACCUGUCCUGUUUUCUCAGAAAGAGUGGCAUCAUUCUGGGGGUCAAAGCCCUGGAAGACUCACGCAGUCGAGGGGCGAGUCUUGGCACUGUGUUGGGAAGGAGCGGGUUUAGUUAUUUUGAUUUUUUCUGCUUAAGUAACAGAAAAUGAAAUGAAGUACAGAACAUCUUCAGCUUGGAUGGACGGAAAAGACUGUAGAAGGUGUCAUAUUCAUUCACACACAGACACACACACACCCGUGCAUGAGCCACCCUGGUCCAAGGCUGUCAGAACCUCCCAAGCUGCAACAUUUAGUUUGUCCCAUCUGGGUUGUUGGUGUUUGGAACCCUGUCAUCACCCUUACCCUGUUGAAACUGCAGACCCUCGUGGUUUUGGAUGAAGAGGGGCACAGUUCCCCCUCACCUCCACCCUCCCUCCUGUAUCUUCUCAAACUCCUGUGACCAAAGCUUUUAACUUCCAGCUGGUGGCAGUGUUCCACCUCAGUUUUUAUAACGAAUGGUUUUAGAGUGGUGCUACGUGAGAGUGGAAGCUGCUGAUAAAUGCCCACUUCUUACAUUUUUAGAAGAAAAAAUGUGUUUAGUUGAAUUUGUUCAUGGAAAAAAAACUUCAACUUUCAAGUUGCCUUUAAUUAGAAAUGUUAUGGCUUUGGUUGACACCCCCCCCCCCCCACCCCCCCACCCCCACCCCCAUGUGAACACAUAUUUAUUUAGGUAUGUUUGAAUUUAUUUUUGGUCAAUAAAAUGCAAGGGACUGGUUUACCUAAUAGUACUGUUGUGGGGGGAGAUUGGGCCUUAGCAAAAAGUUGCAUAAAUCAUUAAAUGCUAUUGGUUAAAAUGUU